AUGCUUCCUAUGAUCUAUAAUUUCCAGGCACCGCUGCUUGAUGUCUGUUGGAAAGAAGAUUCUAGUGUGUGGACAGUGUCAUUUUACUCCGGGAGCUAUGCUUUGAAACUGAUGUAUCCAAACUAUGAUGGAAGUACAGAAUCAACAAUUCAUGGUAGCAGUGGGCUUGGAAGGAGAGGGGCAACGUACAUGACUACAGAUGAUCUUACCAUCUCUCCUACUAACUCGUGUUCAACUAUUUGCAUAUUGAAGAAGUUGAAUGUGGGUUUGGACGAGAUUGAGGAGCAUGUAAUCAUCAUUAGCAAAACAGAGGGUCUGGAUGGUUACACAAGCGAUGUUACCAUUAGUCUGUUCCAAGUCAAGGUGCUGCAUGUUCUUGGUUAUAGAGGAACUGCUGAAGAGCCUCAACACUUGAAGAGUUUGCUUGCGGGAACUGAAUGCAUCCCAAAAGUGCGAGUGGAGUUCCCUGAAGAUGUUGUGGUCGAUGAUGCCACAAUUAUUCAAACCAAUAGGGAAUUUUUUACCCUUUUUGGAGUUGUUCCAGACUAUAUCUAUUAUUUCGAGUAG